AUGCCAGUGCCUGAGGUGGCGUCUGACACCACCAGCGCCGCCGCCAUGUUGAGCCCCGUCCUCAACGCCUCCAACGGAGACGGCUCCGAGUCUGAAACCACCUCCGCCAUCCUCGCCUCCGUCAAGGAACAGGAGUUGCAGUUUGAACGUCUAACCAGGGAGCUGGAAGCCGAACGACAGAUUGUUGCCAGUCAGCUGGAGAGAUGCAAGCUUGGCUCUGAGACUGGAAGCAUGACUAGCAUCAGCUCAGCAGAUGAGAAAUUUCGCUGGAACAACCAAGACGGACAGAAGGACAUAGAGGAGGAGCUGACAACAGGCUUGGAGUUGGUGGACUCUUGUAUCAGAUCGCUCCAGGAAUCAGGCAUCUUGGACUCACAGGACACAGGAGAUAGACAAGGACUUCUGUCUCAAAGUGCUUUGCAGCUCAACAACCAGGAUGCCUAUGCGGCUUCCGGUUACCAUAGUAACCAAGGGCUGGCACUCGGCGAAUCAGUCACGGGCCGCAGUGGGCACAUUGGAGGGGCUGUUCACAGCUACAACCAGGUGACAUCCAGCCGUGCAGCUGCCCAUUUAGUGGGGAUAGACUCUCCUUCUCAGUCCCAGAGAGACUCAUUUGCCCAGCAAGCCCAUGGCAGCGCCUUCCACAUGCCUACUGAAGGCGGAUCUGCACCUGUCGGACCACCCAUGUAUUAUUCCUGUGCCACUUUGCCUGCACAGCGUGUGAGCUCCCCUCUGCAGGCAGUGGGAUCCCCUACCAAGCUGCAGCGCCUGGGCUCGGCCUCCUCCGACAUGCCCAGCUACGCCACGCUACAGAGGGUGUCCUCGCCCAAACAGUCACCCAGCCGGCUCGCCAAGUCCUACAGCACCUCAUCGCCCAUCAACAUGGUCGCAUCGGGUGCCCCCGGAUCCUCCUCCCCUCUCCCCAUGGCGGCCUCCCCGGGGGGAAACCACACCUCGUCGCCCCUCCACCAGCUCAGCUCGGUGGUGGGCAGCUACGCCACCCUGUCACCCAAGCGCAUGAUGCACCACAUCGGAGGCGACAGCUACAAGAUUUCCCACGAGCUGUACGCUAACGCAACCCUGCAAAGGCCUGGUAGCCUGGCAGGCUCCAGAGGUUCCUACAGCAGCCAGCACAGUCACCUGGGCUCUGAGCUGCGACCUCUGCAGUCUCCAGAACACCACAUCGACCCCAUCUACGAAGACAGAGUCUAUACCAAACCCAACAUGAGAGGACAAGCCCCGCCUUCCCCUGGUGUCGACCCAAUCCCCUUGCAGCGAACGGGAAGCCAGAGCGCCACCAACACCUUUCAGAGAGGCAGCUUCGCCACAGGAGGCGGAGCGGCCGACUACGCCAACCCGUACCGCACCCUGCAGUUCUGCCCGUCCACCGAGUCGCCUUACAGCAAGUCGGGCCCCGCACUCCCUCCUGAGGCGGCCCUGGGCCGGUCUCCAUCUGUGGACAGCAUCCAGAAGGACCCAAGGGAGUUUGGCUGGAGGGAUCCAGAGCUGCCAGAGGUGAUCCAGAUGUUGCAGCAUCAGUUCCCAUCGGUCCAGUCCAACGCCGCCGCCUACCUCCAGCACCUCUGCUUUGGAGACAACAAGAUCAAGUCUGAGAUCCGGCGACAAGGUGGCAUCCAGCUGCUGGUGGACUUGUUGGACCACCGGAUGACCGACGUCCACCGCAGCGCCUGCGGAGCCCUCAGGAACCUGGUGUACGGCAAAGCCAACGACGACAACAAGAUCGCUCUGAAGAACUGCGGAGGCAUACCGGCCCUGGUCCGACUGCUCCGGAAGACCACAGAUGUGGAGAUCCGAGAACUCCUCACAGGUGUUUUGUGGAACCUUUCGUCGUGUGACGCUCUGAAGAUGCCCAUCAUCCAGGAUGCCCUGGCUGUGCUUACCAACGCUGUGAUCAUCCCCCACUCAGGCUGGGACACCUCACCCCAUACACAGGAGGACCGCAAGCUGCACCUCCACUCCUCCCAGGUCCUCCGCAACGCCACCGGCUGCCUCCGGAAUGUGAGUUCUGCAGGCGAGGAGGCCCGGAGGAGGAUGAGGGAGUGUGAAGGCCUGACAGACGCUCUGCUCUACGUCAUCCAGACAGCUCUGGGGAGCAGUGAGAUUGACAGCAAGACCGUGGAGAACUGUGUGUGCAUCCUGAGGAACCUGUCGUACCGUCUGGCUGCAGAGACGUCUCAAAGCCAGCAGGGGGGCUCUGAGGAGCUGGAUGGCCUGUUGUGUGACACAGGUGGGAAGGACGCAGAGAGCUCCGGAUGCUGGGGCAAGAAGAAGAAGAAAAAGAAGGGUCACGACCAGUGGGACGGCGUCGGCCCUUUUCCAGACUUGGCGGAGCCCCCGAAAGGCAUCCAGAUGUUAUGGCACCCUACCAUCGUCAAGCCCUACCUCACACUGCUGUCUGAGUGCUCCAACCCAGACACCUUGGAGGGAGCAGCUGGGGCCCUGCAAAACCUAGCUGCUGGCAGCUGGAAGUGGUCUGUCUAUAUCCGGGCUGCGGUGCGCAAGGAGAAGGGCCUCCCUAUCCUGGUGGAGCUACUGAGGAUAGACAACGACCGGGUGGUGUGUGCCGUGGCCACUGCUCUGAGAAACAUGGCCCUGGACAUCAGGAACAAGGAGCUCAUUGGUAAGUACGCCAUGAGGGACCUGGUGCACCGUUUGCCCGGUGGCAGCAACAACAACAACAGCGGAGGGGGAGGAGGAGGUGGAGGUGGAGGAAGCACCAACAGCAGCAUACUGAUGGGGAAGACCAUGUCAGACGACACCAUCACCGCUAUCUGCUGCGCGUUGCAUGAGGUCAUCACCAAGAACAUGGAGAACACCAAGGCCCUGAGGGACGCCGGUGGCAUCGAGAAGCUCAUCGGCAUCGCCCGCAGCAAAGGAGACAAACAUAGUCCUAAAGUGGUGAAAGCAGCAUCUCAAGUCCUAAACAGCAUGUGGCAGUACAGAGACCUCCGCAGCCUCUACAAAAAGGACGGCUAUUCUCAGUACCAUUUUGUCGGCUCUUCCUCCACGAUAGAGAGAGACAGACAGCGACCUUAUUCAUCCUCUCGUACUCCCUCCAUCUCACCCGUACGGACCUCGCCCAACAAUCGAUCAGCGAGCGCUCCCGCGUCCCCCAGAGAGAUGAUGGCAUUGAAGGAGAGGAAGGGAGACUACGAGUUGACCGGCAAUGCCACUUACCAUGGCAACAAAGGGGAACACACAUCCCGAAAGGACACAAUGACAGGUCAAAUCUCUGGUGGGUCUUCAACACUACACAGAGGAGCAUAUGUGUCACCUACUGAUGACCUGAAGUAUAAUCAGGUCUCUUCUCAAGGCUUGCCUUCAGAACCGUACCCUCCUUUCCAAAACCCUCCCCCGCCCGACAGCGUCAACUUUGAGGACCAGGCUUUCUACGAGAACCAGGUUCACCCGGGAGGACGCCCCCCGCAGGGUGACAUCAACAUGCACCUGCAGGGCCUCAAAUCCACCGGCAACUAUGUAGACUUCUACUCAGCCUCGCGGCCCUACAGCGAGCUCAACUAUGAGACCAGCCACUAUCCAGCCUCACCAGAUUCCUGGGUCUAA